UGAAUUCUGGUUUUGAUAACGAUAGGAUGCAAGAAGAAGUUGUUAUCAUAAAACGAACUGGUGAGGUUUUAUCACUAACAUUCAAUUUUGGAUUAUGGGCCGAGAUGAAAAAGACGAGAUUAUUCAAAUAUAAAAAUGAAAUGGAGGUGGUACCCUUGCCUUGUUACUAUAAUGACUCCUCUCGCCCCAGCGAGUGGCGAGCCCCGGCUGGUGGUGUCCCCGUGUGACGCGGUGCGGCGCCUGGCCGCGCUGCACGGCACGCUCUGCGACGUCGUCACCAGCAUCGACGCCAGCUACGGCCUGCCGCUCAUCGUCAUACUGAUCUCAACGCUACUGCAUCUCGUCGUCACACCCUACUUCGCUAUUAUGGAGAUUAUGGUGUCAAAGAACCGCCCUCACUUCCUAGUCCUGCAGGCCAUGUGGUGCACCAUGUAUUUCUUGCGCAUGAUCGGCCUCGUGGAACCCGGACAGCUGACCAUAGAUGAGGGUAAGAAAACGGAGAUAAUUAUCAGCAAGCUAAUGAUGUCAAUGCCGUCGACUGGAAGGUUACCGGAGCGGCUGGAGAUAUUCUCCCGGCAGCUGAUGAUGCUGCAGUCCAUCAGCUAUGAACCCAUGAGCAUGUGCACACUGAACAGGUCUCUUAUCACCUCGGUGAGUAAAUUUGAUUUAAAAAUGAACUUAAAUGCAUCGAUGCUAAAACGAAGAUGUAUACGACGAUUAGGGACUCCGGUUGGGUGCGAAACUAGUCGCUCGAUUCCGAUAUUUGUGUUAUCGUUAUCUCUAAUAAUUAAGUUUAUUAACUGUUGUGUAUUUUUGAGCAAAUUGUAAUUUACUGUACCUAAGUUUUUCUUUAUUUACAGGUUUUAGCAGCCGUUACCAUAUACUUGGUCAUUAUUUUGCAGUUUCAAAAUUACAGUACUUG